UUGUGAAUGUGAAUUAAUUGAAGCGGUUGGUUUGUGAAUUUACAAACCGUUAUUUUAUAAUUUUUUGUAUCGCUGUUUAAUUUUUAGUUCGAAAGAAGACGUUCUCGUGUUGUGUUAAUAUUGUUAUUAAUUUUUCUAAGUUGGCUUUCUAAACAGUUGUUUAAAUCCUUGAGAAACCGUUGUGAACCGGGCCACUUGGGGUUGUUUUGUUUCUACCCUCCGCGAGAGACUGAUCAAUAAACAUUGCUGACAAGAGAGGAUGCUAUGGAGUGUGCGGAAGCUGUGUCCGUGUUCCGAGGGAAGGAGUGUGAGGUGCCGGAGGGCAGUGACAGUGGCGUGGAGGUGAACGGAGGUACUGUUGGGGGCCCAGGUGGGGACGUUACCCCCGUAGCAUCUUGUGACUCUAGUCUAGUCAGCUGCUGUUACUCCUCAGAGGACCUGGUCAGUAACACACUGCAGCUGCCAGAGGACCUGUCAUUGUCCGGGGGAGGUGACGGGACCAGCGAGGGGGGCAGCGAAAGCUCCUCGGUCACUGGCUACCACAACCCCAGAGUUACCUCAGGCAGCGCGCGGAAAAAAUGUCCUCCCCCUAGAACCCCUUCAACUACCCGUCCGUCUCCGUCCGGCCUGUCCUCCAGGUCUCGAACUCCUUUGAGUCGGGAUCGAAGUACGAGUAAAACAACUCCCAAAACGGUUCAUCCGAGUAGAGCACCAACUCCUAGUUCUUCCACACCAAAAACUCACAGAGACAGUUCGGAAAGUAGAAAGACUUUGAAUAGAGUUCCUUCGGUGAAGGGUAAAGUGAGUUCUCCGAGCAGUGACUGUAAUGAUGGCAGAUGGCCAUCGACAAUAAGUAAGAUUGCGCAAAAAUUCCGUCCUGAGAAGAAAACUGUUAUGAACACGUCCACCACUUCUGUAACGGAGAGUAAAGCGACUGCAUUGGAAAAGUAUGCUACAUUACCGAGGAGAAGGAGAAAAUCUGCGGAAAACCUUACCCUGAGUGAACCUCUGUCUAGCAGAGAACCUAGUCUGAACCGUUCUGCUAGUCUACGGAGGAAACAGAAUCCCAUGGUGUCUUCAGCGACUUCGGCCACUUUACAGGGCAGCACCAACAAGACGAUGCCUCCAUAUCCAAGGAAGAACAAGACAAAGACACGGAUCUUCCAUGAGAUCAGCAUACAAACUGCCUUGACUGGUGCGGACCUGGAGAACGGCUUAGGAAGUCCUCUACUGAAAGAUGUUCACUCCAGGGUGGAGACAAGGAAUUGCGGGGUUCAGGUGGAGAGAGGUAUGAGGCGUAUAGAACAGCUGGAGGCUCAGCUGAAGGAGUACAAGAGUCAACUGAGCAGACUGGCCGAGGAGAGAGAGGAGAUGAGCAAGACUUGUGAUCAGCUGAGGACACAACAGCUGACCAGGGACGCUGAGAACAUACGUCUCAAAAGUCUCAUUAUAGGCAACUAUGAUGCUGAUGACACAGUUGGACAGCUGGAGCAGCAAGUGCUGAGUACCAACAGUCUGAUAAAUCAGCAGCAACAGGAGAUCUCUCAGCUACACAGCAUAUGUCAUCGACUACAGAAGGAUCUGGACAAGAGUUAUUCUGCACAAAAGGCUUUGCUAAAGCAGCAAGAAGAGAUGGAGUUGGAGUCGGCAGAGUUGCAGGAGUUCCUACAAGCUGAGAAAGCUGCAUUGGCUGACACUCUGCGAGACCUGGAGACUGAGCUGGCAGCAACCAGAGAGACAGUGGCCAGCAAAGAGGCAGAACUACAAAGACAACAAGAAGAAUGUUCCCAUCUAGUAAGGAUCAGCGAACAGAGGAGACAAGAGCAGUUGUCACUGGAGGCUCGCUUGGCUGGGAUGGAACUGCACAGUAGAGAGUCCCUGCUACAGCAAGGAGCUGCAGUGUCCGGUGCCUCUGUUGCAUUGUCCAGGCUUGGCUCUAGACUAGACAAUCUCGUGGAUGCUCUAGUCAACACCUACAACAUCUCCGAGACCGAUCUCGAGGAUGUGAUAUUCCACAAUGAGGUGUACAGUCAGAGCAGCAGCAGUGCUGAGAGUGCUGACAGUAGUCCUCAGCAUCAAGGCAGCUCUCUGGGCAGCAGCAAUAUGGCGUCAGGCUUCAUGUCAGCUGUACUCACUGCCAUCCGUAGCGCUACAGCCUACCACAGACACACCAACACCAAUACCAACACUGAACCAUCAUCAGAAGGUGAGCAGAUGCUGUCACUGGAGCCCGAGCCUUCAGCCUUCACCAUCAGAGACGUCACUACUUCCUCCUCACCUCAGGACAUGGAGAAGCGGCUGUCUGUGGCGUCUCUCGGCUCAUACGAGGUGUCUCCUGGUAGUGAGAGUUUACAUAACCUAUCACAAGCCAUCCUACGUCGUCAGCAGCUGGAGUCUGAGGAUCCGUCCACCAGUCUGCCUCCAUUGCCUGUCUGCUCACUGGUUGAUCAGGUGAUAGAAGUGGACAACCUAGUCACCCGACUGUUAAAAGUCAUCAGGAUAAUCCAGCAAACCAAUGACAAUUCUGCUCUGCUAGAGAGAAAAAGGUUGUCAGACUCGUUGACAGAGACGGAGGCGCAGGUGGUCAGUGGAGAACAGCUGAUUGCUCAGUUGCAGCUGCAGGUGCAACAACUCAGGGAACAGGUGCAGAAUGACAACUCACCUGAGAAGACAUGUCUACUGCAAGACAAAGAGAGACAGCUGGGCAAGGCUUGUCUGUCCAAGCAACUAAUCACUGACAACUGGGGUCUGGCAGUGAGCGAGGUGCAACGUCAGUACCAUGCUAUAGACUCUGCACUGGAGGUGUUGGCCAGCAUACAAGGGGUGGUACAACAGACACCAGCCCUAGCCCAGCUACAGAAGGACCUGGAGGAAGCCAACUUCCAGUGUGCCUCCAACCUUCCCCUCGCCCCCUCCCCUGACCUCAACGCCAACAGACCGUCCGUAACUACGUAACAAUUGACAUUCGUCGUUAUCUGUUAUCUCCUCAGCAAGACUGCUACUGUUGUUUAUUCCUACGUCCUUUUAAUAAUCCUAGAGUACUUACUCGACCUAAUAAGAACCUAGUAUCAUUAAGUUUAUGUUCUAUACUAGAAAUCAGUGUUUUACUUUUAAUAAUUUUUAAAAGCUCCAAUCUGUGGAAUCAACUAGUUUUGUAAAUGUAUCGAAAGCAUGACGUUUUUAAGUGUAGUUUUGGUUGGCAUUGAUUAUAGAAACUUAAGUUGACGUGAUACAUUGGUUUUGCUGAUAUUGAAGUAUCAAUCUAUAGUUGAGGAUGUGUAAAAUUAAACUAUUGAGUAUUGACUUAUAUUUAAACUAAACAAAUUUUUUAAUUUCAGUUAAAAUCAAGUUCAAAUUGAUUCUAAGCGUUUUUAUUUUUUUAAGUUUUAAUUUCAAUAGCUAUCCUAUUUACAAAUAAUUGUUAGUUGAUAUUUAAUUAAUCAAAUUAGUUGUAUAGUAGGAGUUUCUGUGCUAUCAAAGGUAUUGAAAAGUUAAUUAAAUAUAAUGAGGGUUUGAAACCCAACAUAAUUUGGUAAUAUUUAGUUAAAUUAUUUGUAUAGCUUUAUCGUGAAUAAGUAAUUAUUUUCAGAAAAUAAUUUUACUCUGGUAAUACUUUUGUAUCUAUUUUUCUCAUAAAUCUAAUUUAAAUUUUGCAAUAAUUGUGUUGGUCUUAAUAAGAAUCAUAAUGUUAUUGCUGCAAUAUGUUUACUAGUUUGAACCGUUCCCUUUCAAAAUGUAAAAAAUACCACUGGCGUAAAAACACACAAAAUCUUUGGCCUAUCAAGAAUAGAGCUGAGCAAUAAAACAAACCCUAUAAGUUUGCAGGCCCAAUCUGAGUACAGUAGACCCUCUCUAAUCCGGCACUCAAUUAAUCCGGCGCCUUUUGACGGGGGAGGUCUUCCGCAAUCGUGGCAAAAUUCAGAUUAUAUCCCACGGCUGAGUUGGCAUCAUCAUCCACUCCCACGGUCAUGGAAACAUCAUGGUCGUCUUGCAUGAUUGCGGCAAAAUCAUGAACAUUUGCUGAAGUCACGGUAAUGUCAUCGUCAUCUUGCGCGGUUGAGGCAAAAUUAUGACCAUCUCCCAUGGCCGUUUAGACAUUAUCAUUGCCUCCCGUGGUUACGGAAGCAACAUCUUCGUCUUUGCGCGAUGGGGGAAAAUCAUUAACAUCUCCCGCGGUCAUGUAGAUAUUAUCGUUGUCUUCCGCGAUCACAGCAAAAAUCUGAUCAUCUCCCGCGGCUGUGUUAACAUCAUCAUUUACUCCCGCAGUCACGGAAAUGUCAUCGUCGUCAUGCCCGAUUGUGGCAAAAUCAUGAACAUCUCCCGCGGUCGUGUAGACAUCAUCGUUGUCCUCCGUGACUUCGGCAAAAUUCUAAACAUCACGUGGAGACGUUAUCAUCGCCUCACGGAAACAUCAUCGUCAUCAUGCCCGAUCGCGGCAAUAGCGGUUUCCGUUCACGCGAUCCUCCAAGACGUGUUUAAGUGCUAAAAUGCACUUGAUUCAGCGUUUUUAUUGAUAACAUUCCUGUAAUCCGGCAUUUUCACUAAUUCGGCAGUAUCACAGUCCGAUAUCUGCCGAAUUACUGAGAGUCUAAGUUUUUCUACAACAAACAAAUUUAACUGUGGAAAUAUUUGUAGACGAUAACUUCCACUGAUACCGCAAGGGCAUACAGUUUUUAUAAAGUAAAAACAAUAAUUUUAUUUUGCUGUUUAAGUAAGAGUAAUUUUCUAGACCUUUUUCUUGUUCACAGAAUACAAACUCCUCAAAAUUUAAGUGGUGGUCCCAAAUCAAGCCUGUGACUGUGGGGUUGAAAAUCUGACAAGUCAUAUUUUGAACAACUCAUUUCUCCUCAUGUGUAUUUUAAGUAGGAUUACUCAAAUCCAUCAACCAAUUAAAUCUGUACUAACUUGGAUUACUUAGAUAGAUUUGGCUUUAUAACCCGUUUCUGCAAAAGGUUUGGUUUUAAAUAAUUGACAAAGAUUACUUGGUCACCAAUAGGUUAUAUUACAUAAUUUACAACCAGUCCCAUGUGCUUUUCUUGUACCACUACUAAUCUGGUACAAAUAUAUUUUGUUACAGAACAUUUGACACUUUUUAAUCCAGCACAUUCGGGUCUUAGGCAGUAUCAGAUAAACGAAAAGACGAGCUUUUGAACACCGUUGUAGUCAUGUAAAAAUGGCUAUUAUUUAAAGUACAGCAGAAAUACUGAUGAAGUGGACAGUAAAGAAAAAAUAUAGUAGAAUACUACACAAGAUUGAUGGGAUAAAUAUUGAGGACAUUCUGGUUUUAAACAUUUAAGGUCUUUCUUAGAAUUUUGCUCCCAUUUGUCAUGUUGGGACUUGAAGAUCCUUGCAGCUUAAUUGGCAUGAAGAAAUUUUAGAACAAGAGUUUAGAGCAUAUUUUCAUCUACAACAAUUGUUCAAGACUUGAAAAAUGUGAAUUUAAUUUCUAACAUCACAAUGUUUAAUGCAGCUAUAGUAUAAGACCUCAGUAACAGUAUUGGUAAGAGUUUUAAUUCUUGAAAACAAUUAAUUUAUAAUUAAAUUAAGAUACUGUAUUGAUGUUUUGUACAAGCCUUAAGUUAUAGAUUGAUUUAAUUUUGUAUAGUAAGUAAUAUGGUGUAACAAUUUGUUUUACUAUCUUAUUUAUAAUUUUACAGUUCCGUGAUAUUUAAUAGUGGCCUCUUUUAAUUAAAAGGGAACAUAAUACCGUCCCAGUAUAUAUUUUAAAGUAGAGUAACAAAAAGAAAAAAAAAAACAGGUAUUUUAUACUAUAUAUUGGUUAAUAUUUUAUUGCAUUAUUUUUAGGCAGGCUUUUAAACGUAAGCAGAUCACAUUAAUUUGCUCUUUAAGACUAGAGAUGUUUUGAUAACUUUCCUGUGGAAGCUAUUUAAAUUUAAUCUAAACCUCACACAUUCUUUACUAAAGUACCUAAUUUUCAUCGUGCUUUUUUGUUUGGACACAGGUAUUUUUACCUGGUGAUCAUGACAAGUUAGUCUGUGGUUCAGUGAUAGCACUAUAGACUGUUCACCAAAGCAGGUAUGUCGUUGGUUUGUGGCCUGGUGUCGCUGCUUUUCUUCUAUACGAGCUUAUUUCUUGCGUUGCUUGAUACGUUCCAUGGACAUGCCUAAUGCCUGCUCAAAGGCAAGGAUAAAAGAGAACAUCAACCUCUUAAACAAAUGUUUAAUCUCUUAAUGCAUUGAGAACUAUAAAAGUGAUUUAAUUCAAAAAACUCAUAUUGCCAUCCUGUUAAAGUACCCAAAUUAUCUGUGUGAUUAAAUUACUGUAAGCCAAAAUUAUAAAUGUUAAUUAUUACAAGGCUGUUAAAACUUUAUUUUUUAUAGAGACCCAGUGUAAUCUUCUGUGAUUGGGACCUUUGGUUCUCUUGUAUGAUGGUGUAAAUAUUGAACCAAACAUGACUGAGUUUUUGAAUGUUGUGCCAAGAUAUUCUUCGUUUUGUGUCUGUGUCGUAGUGUUUUAACUUAAUUUUUUAGUCAUAAAUUAUCAGUCUAGUUUUAACUCUAGUGAAAGUCAUUACUGUUUAAAAUAAAGUGAA